AUGGUCUGUAAUGGAUUUUCGUUGAUAUUAUUAUUGGGAUUAUAUAAGGCAUAUGAGUGCUCAGACGCCAUUGAUUCAGCUCAAAGGCUGAUACCUGUUUACAGUAAACCAGUCCCGACAUCAGUGUUCCAACAUGAAAUUCAACUGGAUCCUGAUGGAAACUUUUGGCUAUUUUGGAAUGUCAGCGGUACCAAUAUAACGUUCGAAACUCAUGUCAGAACCAGAGGAUAUGUGGGAUUUGGACUGUCGCAAAAUGGUAAAAUGUUUCCAUCUGAUGUAAUUGUAGGCUGGAUUAACUCUGACGGCUCAGUAUAUUUCCGGGACUGCCAUACUGUAGGAAAUGUUGUUCCCAAGGUGGAUUCUAAUCAGAACUGGUACCUGAUUAACGGAUUUGAGAACGAUUUCGGUACUGUCCUGACAUUUACUAGGAAAUUGGAUACUUGUGAUGAGGAUGACAUAGUGAUAAAUGACGACACUAUACGAUCUAUAUACUCAUACCACGAGGAAGAUCCAAUUUCAAUGACGGAAAUGCCAUGGCAUGGAGAAAAUCGAGGCGCACAAAGUGUGAUGUUUUUGUCCUCAAGUAAAUCACUUGCCAGUAUUCCAAAAAACAGCAUAAAAGUUGAUAUUGUAACACCCCCGUAUUCAAUACAUCUCGCUGAUACUCGCCACUGCUCGCUACAUAAGAUUCCACAACUUACAAAGAAGCAUCAUAUGAUAAGAUAUGAACCACUAAUUCCAAAAGAAAGUCUUACGUUUGUCCACCAUAUUGUUAUAAGCAAAUGCCCGGAUACAUCAGACGCAGAUGUUGGCUCUACCUAUGACUGUUUUUCAACAUCCACACCUGAUCGUUUUAUGACAUGUAGUGACCCCGUGGUAGCUUGGGCUGUAGGGGGUUUGGCUUUUAACAUGCCAGAACACGUUGGUUUUGCUUUUGGAGAAGCAGAUAGUCCUAAAUAUGUGAAACUGGAAAUACAUUAUAGCAAUCCUUCAAUGAAGUCUGGUAAGAUUCAUAGAUAA